AUUUGCGACUUGACUGAAAAUAUUUGAUAUAUAUAAAAUUUUCAUUUUGAAUGAUUGAUUGAGUGAAUGAUUGCUUGAUUUUCUCCACUAUUGUGAAUGUAAACAGUGCUCUCGGGAAAAGAAGAGUUUGUUUACGAUUCUAGAAAAAUAUCAAUUCAACAGCUGACCUUCGCCGAAAACCACAGGAAAUAGGUGACCGAGGUAUUUGUGUAUGGGAAUUUUAAACUACUAAACUGCACGCUUCCUUCAGUUAUUAAAAAUCAUGGAAACUAGUAAUUUAACCGAAAUAUCUUCCGGGCCAUCAGUAGAUAGUGUAAGACCCAAAAAACACAUACUGAGUGCUGCAGAAUAUGCAAAUAUUUGUAAAUUCAUACAACAUUAUCACGGCCUUGCUAUUGAUUGUGAAAUGGAGAUGGUGAAUCGCAUUUUUCCAGACAUUGACAGGUUAGCAUUAAAGAGUAUCUUGCAAACAGAGUUAACAACACGUAUACGGGCACAGCAUUGGCAAUAUGAUUCAAAAGCAAAGAAACUCCUGCAAGCUUUUGAAGAUCAAGUAGGCACACAUCCAGCACCAACAUUAUUGCUGAAAAUUGCUUGUGUAGAAGGCAUAAGCCCAAUGGCGCUUUGUCGUAAUAUAUUGCAGUAUAAGUAUACGUUUUUACAGAAGUCGGAAUUAAAUCGGCUACUAAAAUAUCCACAUCUGAUCGAUGAUCCCAAAUUAGCUGCUAAUGUCGCGCAAUGUAUGUGUAGUGAUUCCCAAGAUGGGCCUCUUGUAGAUCUCCGACGUCGGAUCCUGGGUGAGGAGUACGAAUUCAAGUUAAAAGAAAUGGCCAAAGCUGCUAAUAUGCAUUAUUAUGAUGAAAAUGACCUCCGACGACUUGGCUACGAUAAAACACCCGAUAUCAAAAUGAUAGUUCCAUUCCUAUACAAAGGCGAAGUGGUUAAUUGGAUUGAGAGUAAAGCAACCUUCGGUGAUGUGAAAACUCAUAAAUGGUAUAUUCAACAGCAGCUAUAUAGUUACAGUAAUCGAUUUGGCGCCGGCAUUGUCAUUUAUUGGUUUGGCUAUCAUGAGGAUACUCCUCGCAUUCCCGAUAAUAACGUCGGCAUCAUUGUAUUGGAUGAUUUUCCAUCAUCAGAAAGUAUGGUAUUCCUCAAUCUCAGUGAUAAUGAAAGCAGUCUACCGGCGCAGUUAACAGAAACCGAAAAUCUAUCUGAUUCUAAGGUCUAACUAUGAAACGUUUAAUUUGUUUUAAAUUUAUAGCUCGUUCUUUAAAAAUAAGCAAUAUUUAUAUAUAUUUUUCCACUUAUUUAGUUAGCAAAAACAAAAAACGAUGCAUUACAUUACAUCCUUCUGGUGUAAGAAAAUAGAGGAAAAAUACAUUUUUUAUUAUUUUGACUCUUUUAAUGUUUACCAUAUACAUACAUAUGUAUAUAAAACC